UACCACGUCUCUUCAAGGAUAUAUCUACUCUCCGAGGCGUUGUGCCUAGUGGCCACCAGAUGGCGCUGUUUCUCCACAAUAGAGUAGUGAACUUGAUGGUAAGUGCAUAAACAGCAGACCAGGGGAUGCUGAAGAAAACAGGCGGGUGCGAGAACGUUGUGUGCAAUUAGUGUCCAACUGCGAUCUUUUGUCUGGCUACUUCGGGGCCACUUGGGCCAUUGGCCUCGUUUGCGCCAUAUGCCUUGAAUGAGCUGUCACAACGCAUGGUCAUCUAGACGUGACAUUACCAGCAGCUGCACAUACAAGCAAAGUCCUACAUACAGUAUAUAAUGGCGUUGAGCACUUCACAGAAUUGCAAUAAGUUCAGGUUCUUCCCGGAGCGGAGGGGAGCGUGUAAUGGUUGAACCCCGUCAGGAGGAGGGCCGACUGGCAGCUCAGCAGGGAUCAGGAGAAAUAUCACACUAUCCCCAGAGGUUUAAAAAAAUACCUUUGAAGAGAUAGGGGGAUUCAAUCACAACUUCAUAUCAAUAAUUACACUGCUGACACAAUAUCUGGCAUAAAAGCUAAGACGAGAUUAAAUAAUGCUUUUAAUUGAAAUGUGCAAAAGUUCAAUAUGGAGGAGAAAAGCUGACAUUAAGAUGUUAUAUUAAACAUUUAUCAUCCCUGCCUAUAAUGCUAACGUUCUUUUUAGUUUUUAUUCAACUGACAAAAAGGUAAUAAUCAAGUAAUCCAAUAAUCUAGUAUCCUAAUUAUAAAUCGUAUCCCCCCCAACACGCUUAAUAAAAACACCGGGUACAAGUAGCGGUGAUUGGUUCAUGGACUCAUGUCAGAAUCCACUUCGUACCAGCACUGCGACCACACCAUAGCUUCCCGUCACCCUCAUCCCGACCGCCGAGUCACAAACUUUACUUUAAUUGCACAAACUCCGAGGCAGAGAUGAUCGCACAAGCAUCCCUGGCGAGGGAUCCGUUUACGGUGUGCAUAAAGCGGGGUUUCUUCGGGAGGAGAUGCUCCUGUUGGUGUUGUGUACUAUUCACUGGGCAAAGUUAACACAAGUAAACACAAUCAGAUCACCAGUGAUCCAAUCAAAGUGUACAACUUUAAUGUGGAACAUUGUUAAAGUUAAAGUUUUCCACUUGAAUCGCAGAGGUCCCCAUCCCCCCGCGGACCAUGUCAGCGCGGCCCUGACCGUUUCCGACGGGGGUCGUUAAGUUGCAGAUGAGCCCUAAAAGAGAGAAUCACCGUCUAUUGUUCCGAUAGAGCGCGGCACACGGUGCAGUACCGCGGCCCGGCCGCAGGGGGCGCUGCGUGCAGCUCGGGCCCGCGGCCUCCACGUCUUUUUGUCUGCCGCUCUACGGUGUGUGUGUGUGUAUGGUGUGUGUGCGAUUGCUCGGAGCCGCGUCCGUAACACACUGUCAAACCCCUCCAAACGACUUACUAUCGCAACCCGGAGCGUUAAUUAAACAUCUUUCACGGCGGCGUGUUGGAUCCACCGGGGAAAGCGUCCGUGUUUGCGGGUGUUCUCCUGAAGUUGGUCCUGGUGAAGCGGCGGCUCUGUGGGCAUCAGUCUUUAUUAGCGGGCUGCUGGCGCUCUCCGGGCUAUCAGCUAUUUCUUUAACUUUUUAAACACGCAGCUUCGCGAAUGACUGAGCGCCGGCGGAGUAUGGGAUCCUUGGUGUCUUAGGAAGCCAGUCAGCGGGUCCUGGGCCGUUUUUGCAUGCAAAACAAUGGCAAAUUCGACGGGGAAAAAUGUACCAGACCAGCGGAGGAAAGGACAGGCUUUCCUGGACGAGCUGCGGCAAUUCCACCAAAGCAGAGGAUCACCGUUCAAGAAGAUUCCUAUCGUGGGUGGGAAAGAGCUGGACCUGAAUGCGCUCUACAUCAGAGUCGUCUCUUUAGGUGGAUUCGCAAAGGUCUCAGACAAGAACCAGUGGUCCGAGCUCGGAGAAGACUUUAACUUUCCCCGGAGUUGUUCCAAUGCGGCAUUUGCUUUAAAACAGUACUACCUGAGAUACUUGGAGAAAUAUGAGAAAGUACACCACUUUGGGGAGGACGAUGACGAGUCGCCACCGGGGAAUCCCAAAAUUUCUCUUCCAAUCGGUGCAAUUCCCUGCUCCUAUAACUACCAGCAACACACUGUAUCAGACUAUCUCCGCCAAAGCUAUGGGUUGUCGACGGACUUCGCGGCGCCGUGCGACUACAACAAACUGGUGCUGUCGCUGCUCUCGGGCCUGCCCAACGAGGUGGACUUCGCCGUCAACGUGUGCACCCUGCUCUCCAACGAGAGCAAGCACGCCAUGCAGCUGGAGAAGGACCCGAAGCUGGUGACCCUGCUCCUGGCCCACACUGGCGUCUUCGACGACUCGCUAGGCAGCUUCUCUGGAGUGUUUGGGGCCGACUGGAAGGAGAACACGUCCCGGGACUUCGUCAGGUUCUGGAAGGAGGUGGUGGAGGAUGUGGAGAUCAGGGAGCUCAUCUGGGACAGGAGGAGCCCAACGCAUGACGGCACGUCAUCGGACGCCCCCGUGCCGGCGCUGUUCCACCCGCCGCGGGCGCCCGGCAUCAGCGACAUGGAGGCCCAGCGGGUGCUGCAGGUGGCGGUGAUCCUGCGCAACCUCUCCUUCGAGGAGACCAACGUGAAGCUGCUGGCGGCCAGCCGCACGUGCCUGCGCUUCCUGCUGCUCUGCGCCCACUGCAGCCUCAUCUCCCUCCGCCAGCUGGGCCUGGACACGCUGGGCAACGUGGCCGCCGAGGUCCAGCUGGACCCAGUGGACUUUCGGACCACCCAUCUGAUGUUCCACACCAUCACCAAAUGCUUGAUGUCCAGAGACCGCUUCCUCAAAAUGAGAGCUAUGGAGAUCCUUGGCAACCUGAGCAAGGCGGAGGACAACGCGGUGCUGAUCUGCGAGUACGUGGACCGGGACUCGUACCGGGAGGUGAUCGCCCUGCUCACGCUGCCCGACCUCAUGCUGCUCAUGUCCUCCCUGGAGGUGCUCUACCUCCUGGCCCAGCUCGGCGAGAUCCCCUGCUCCAAGAUCGCCUCGGUGGACCACAGCAUAGACCUCCUGGUGCGUCUCGUCUCGGUGGACCUCCACACCUUCGGGCCGGACGCCCUCACGGCGGUGCGGCUCAUCGAGCACCAGGCCAGCGCGGGCCAGGCGGCCGAGGCGCGCCCCCAGCUGGUGGAGCAGACCCCUGUCCCGGCCCCCGGGGCCCCCCUACCUGUAACACGUGUUCCAGCCCCGGCGACUCCUACCCCCCCUGGCAUCGUGGAGCUGGACGGGGAGAAGUUUACGCUACAGUGGCUCAACGCCCACUUUGAGGUGCAGGCGGAGGCGUCUGUGUCGCGGUCGGAGGUGUACUCGGAGUACCUGGCCACGUGCAGCAAGAUGGGCCGCACCAACAUCCUGAACUCCACAGGCUUCCUGAAAUGCUUACGGACGGUGUUCCCCAACCACACCAUGCGACGGCAGGACGACGCCAAGCCGGGCAGCCAGGUGCAGAUCUUCCUGGUGGGGAUGAGGAGGAAGGCCAUCCCCCUGCCCAUCCAGCUGUACUACCAGCAGCAGCCGGCCGGCCCCCAGAUGAUGGCCGAGGCUGUAGCGCCCCCCUCAGUCCUGGGAGCCCAGCUGGUGCGGGGCCCGGCCGGCACCCCCCAACCCGUGGCGUUCACCCUACACGAGCCGCGGCACCCGGGCCCCCAGCAAGGGGCCCCCAGCCCGCUGGCCGCCGCCACACAGCAGCAGCUCCGCGCGGGCCCCAUGAUCCAGAUCCCCGCGUCGACGGCGGUCAUCCACAACCACAGUCCCCAGACCCCCCCUCCUCACCCGCAUCACCCCCAGCAGUCGUCGAGCGCGGCCCCCGUCACGCUCUUCAAGCAGGUGCCCCCCGGCCACAUCCUGACGGCCCGGGUGCAGGGCGUGUGCCCCCCACUGGGGGCCACGCCCCAGCCCGAGGCCCCCAACGCCGCGGCCCCCGGCUCUUCCUCCAUCCAGAACUUCCAGGUGGCCGGGGGCCAGGUGUUCACCAUCGCGGGCGUCUCCAGCGCCCAGGGCUCGCCGCGGGUCACCUUCCAAAACAUCGCCCCCAAGCCGGCGCCGCCCCCGCCCGGGGGUCUGACGAUGACGGCGACGGCGACCGGCGCCGCCGUCUCCCACGCUCAGCCGCCGCAGGGCGUGGUCAUGGUGGGCGCUGCCCAGCAGCAGAGCCCCGCCUACACGCCCGCCCUCCACCAGAUCGUCCUGGCCAACCCCGGCGCGGCUCAGACGCUCCCGACGGCGGGGCCGCACGCCCCCCCCUCGGGCCCCUGCCCCCCCGCGGGCGCCCCACCCCCCCACCCCCACGGCCAGCCGCAGACGGUCAGCCACAUGCUGUCCCUGAAGCGGCAGCAGCAGCAGCUCCAGGUCGUGGCCCAGCCGCCCCCACCUACCUCCGCCGAGUCCAGCUUGAUCAAACAGCUUCUGCUUCCAAAGCGGGGUCCCAGCACCCCGGGGGGGAAGCUCAUCCUCCCGGCCCCCCAGGUGCCCCCGCCCGCCGCCGCCGGCCCGACGGCGCCCGCCCAGCAGGUGGUCUACCAGGCCAGCUACACGGCCCAGGGCCCGCCCCCGCAGCCCCAGCAGCUCAGCAUGCAGCUGGUCGCGGGGCCCCUCCAGGCCGGCGGCGGGGGGGCCCCCCUCCAGGCGGUGCAGCUGCUCCCGGGCCAGGUGCUCUCGGCCGGGAGCCCGGGGGCCGCCACCGUCAUCCAGGGCCCCGCGGCGGGGGGGCAGGUCACCUUCACGGUGGUCCCCGGCACGGGCUUCACCACGUCGGCCGCCGCUGCCGCCGUCAGCCAGGGCGCCGUGGCGCCGGGCGUGUCCCCGCCCCCGUUCCCCACGGGGUCGACGCCCUACCGCGCGCCGGCCACGCCGCCGCCGCCCCCUCCCCCGGCCCCGGGCCCGCUGAGGGGCGACAAGAUCAUCUGCCAGAAGGAGGAGGAGGCCAAGGACGCAGCGGGGCUGCACCUCCACGAGCGGAGGAUCGAGGUGAUGGAGAACUCGUCGGUGGCCGACGGCGGCUCCUCCAACGGCACGGCCAGCAACGGGGAGCUGGCCCCGCCCGGCGCCAAGCUCCUGAACGGCAGGAAGUGCGCCGAGGCGGGCCUGCCGUCACACCACUCAGGGAUCGGCACGGCGGCUCCCAACGGGCCGGCGGCGGGGGCCAACGGGAGGCCGGCUCCGGGGGACGGCGGCGGCAAGACGCUGGUGAACGGCGUGUGCGACGUGGAGCGUGACGGCGGAGGCGGCGGCGGCGUCCACAACAAAAACAUUCCAAAUCACGUGGCUUCCAGACAGUACGUGGGGAACGGGGAGGUGGGCGCGUCAGGGCCCGGCUCCCCCCACCCCGGCCCCCAGCAGGACACCGCCAAAGUCCCGCAGGCGGAGCGGCUGGCCAACGGGCCCCCGGCGGCCGCCAACGGCCCCACGGGGCCCGGCCACGCCCUCCCUGCCCUGAGACAGCGGCUGCUCCCCAACGCCCCCCACCCCCCCACCGCCACCAUCACUGUUACCUCCCAGGGGCCCACCGCCGCCGCCGCCGCCUCGGCCAACGGCCUGGCCCCCGAGCCCCGGGGCCUCAAGCGGCCCUCGGACCCCGAGGACUGGCCCCCGGUGGUCCCCAGUAAGGUGGGCGUGCGGAUCAUCACCAUCAGCGACCCCAACAACGCGGGCAGCACGGCCACCAUGGUGGCGGUGCCCGCCGGAACGGACCCAAGCACAGUAGCCAAAGUAGCAAUAGAGAAGGCCUCUCUGCAGAGGACCUGCUCACCCCCACAGGCAGCUGGCCCCCCGCUCAGCGGUCCCCCUCCCGUCGCCCCCGUCCCGGCAGGCAGCCUCGCCCCACCCCCCGCAGCCCCGGAGCCCAUCAGGAAAGCAGGGCAGAACUUCAAGUGUCUGUGGCAGUCGUGUAAACGGUGGUUCGAGACGCCGUCGCAGGUGUUCUACCACGGGGCCACGACCCACGGCAGCAAGGAGGCCUACCGGGGCCACUGUCUGUGGGAGGGCUGCGAGCCCUUCCCCCGGCAGAGACUCUCCUUCGUGACCCACCUCCAGGAUAAACACUGUUCCCGGGAUGCGCUGCUGGCAGGGUUGAAGCUGGAGGAGCAGUCCCAGAACAGCCCCAAUCCCAACGCUUCCCAGACCCCAACGGUGGCCAGCAGCACCCCGCCCACGCGGCCCCAGAAAGCUAUCGUCAAUCACCCCAGCGCUGCCCUCAUGGCCCUGCGCCGGGGGUCCCGCAACCUGGUCUUCAGGGACUUCACCGAUGAGAAAGAGGGACCAAUGACCAAACACAUAAGACUAACUGCUGCCUUAACGUUAAAGAACAUCGCCAAGUACUCGGACUGUGGUCGCAAGUUGGUCAAGAGGCAUGAGAACCACCUCUCCGUGCUGGCCAUCAGCAACAUGGAGGUGUCGACCACCCUCGCCAAAUGCCUUUAUGAACUGACGCGUGCGCUCCAGGCCUGAGG